CUAAAGGAAUCCAAACGGGCAGUGAAUAGCCUUCGGGAUAUCGUUGAUGAUGAUGAUGACGACGACCUUGAGAGGGUCAGCUGGAGCGGAGAACCUGUGGGAAGUAUCUCCUGGUCAAUCAAAGAGACAGCCUCCAGCAGCACUAGCUCGCUGGAGGGACGAGACUCCAGCCUACAGAAGGGCUCUUCCUCCUAUGCUGCUUUUCCCAAACAAGCUUCCUCCUACUCCCUAAGCAGCCUAUUCAAAGGACGAAACAAACUUCCAAGUUUCCAGUCCCUUUCAGAUGCCCUCUCUGACACAGGAGUUAAAAACUACGCCCCAGAGCUGCGCAGACCGAAAGCUGAGUACAAGGAUUACAGCAGUGAUUGGAGCCCCAAAGAUACAGUCAGGCGAAUGCAGAGGGGCAAGGUCUGCUCUCUAGAGAGAUUUCGCUCCCUGCAGGACAAGCUGGUGCUCUUGGAUGAAGCUGUGGCAGGGCACGAUGGGAAUGUCAUUACAGCUGUCCUGAUAUUCCUGAAACGGACGCUAAGGAGAGAGAUCUUGUUUCGGGAACUGGAGGUGCGGCAGGUGGCCUUGAGUCAUCUGAUCCAUUUCCUCAAAGAGACGGGUGAGCAGAAGUUGCUUCUGGAUCUACUCAGGUUCCUAGACAGGACUGAAGAAGUUGCUCUGUCCCAGUACCGGGAGCAUUUGAACAUCCAGGAUGUAGAAAAAAGGAGGGAAUUUCUGAAAGGUUGCAUUGGGCUGCCAUUUUCAGCUGAGGAUACCUCCCACGUCCAAGACCAUUAUACCCUGUUGGAGCGACAGAUCAUAAUUGAGGCCAAUGAUCGGCACUUGGAGACAGGUGGGCAGUCAGAGAUAUUUCGGAAAUAUCCUCGCAAGGCUUCAAUUCUCAACAUGCCACUAGUGACCACCCUCUUCUAUUCCUGUUUCUACCACUACACAGAGGCGGAGGGAACGUUCAGCAGCCCGACCAACCUGAAGAAAACAUUUAAGAUUCCUGAUAAGCAGUAUGUGCUGACUGCCCUGGCUGCCCGUGCCAAGCUGCGAGCCUGGGAUGAUGUGGAUGCUCUCUUCACCACCAAGAACUGGCUGGGCUACACCAAGAAGAAGGCACCUAUUGGCUUCCACCGGGUGGUGGAGAUCUUGCAGAGGAACAAUGCUCCUGUGCAGGUGCUGCAGGAGUAUGUGCGCCUGGUGGAGGAUGUGGAGACACGGUUGAACCUCGCCACCAAAUACAAGUGCCAUGAUGUUGUCAUUGAGACAUACAGGGAUCUAAAGGAUCGCAUCCAGCUGACAGCAUAUAAAUGCAAGGUGGAGCGAGGCUCUGCAGAAGAAGAGAAGAUAAACAGCAUUCUCAACAACAUGCAAAUCCGAUGGAAGAACUGAGCACCUGUGAAGCAGCCUGCUUGGCCGUUGCCUUGCCAGUGAAAGAGGAAACUGCAAAACCCAGUCCAGUGCCAACAGAGCAACUCUGUUACUAUUCAUUGCAUGAUCAGCGUUCGUCAGUGACAGUGGGUGCUUGUGGGACAGUGGCAUUCAGGCUGGUUGAAGGCAGCUGCUCCAAUGUAGCCAGCAAAACCAUGGUACUGAUCCACCAGGGUUGAUUCUUUUUGGAAUCUGAUUCUCUUUGACUUGGCUGUAAGCCAGGCAUCAUUUUGUUUAUGGAGGGAAGUUGCUGGGCACAGCAAGGUUACAUCUGCUUUGGGUGGUGCCUGGGCUUAUUCUCGCAAGAGGAGCAGGUCGGUCACGCUCAUGGGUCUCUCCACCAGACAGUGCUGAUCAGUCCUUGUAACACUCAAGCUGGCUUGGGCAUCACCAGUCGUGGCUGUGGCUGGAGUAAAGCCUAGUGGACUGUGUUCUCCCUGCAUCAAGGGUGUGUUGGGGGAAAGGACCAGCCGCACCUUAAAG